AUGUUUGUCCUUGCUAGCCAGAUAUCUCCGAUGAAUACCAGGCAGGCUCUUAGACUACGGGUGGUGCGAGCAUAUCAGAUUCCUGAGAGAAGUGAUCCAUCGAAGUUUAGAUCAAAAGAGAUUGUUUUUCAUGAUGAAGAGACCUUUAGAGAGAUCAAGUCUAAUGAAGGCCUUGAUGAGAAAAUCUUAUUUGAUGUUAUUGGCCGAGUGAUUGAAAUACACUGCCCACAGGAGAAACUAAUCAAUGGCAAGAACUCCAGGCUGAUUGACUUCACCAUUGAAGAUACUGAUGGAAUACAACUAAUGUGUACUUUGUGGGAUGAACACGUAAGCAAGAUUGAGGCAUUCUACAAUUCUACUACACAAGAGCCAUUAUUGGUGUUGAUACAGUUUUGUAGGGCUAGGGUGUGUCUAAAAAGUGGUGAUGUCAAGAUUUGUAGCUCCUAUGAUGUAACACAGCUGCUUUUCAACCAAGAAUCUCCCCCAUUUGAGGAGUUCAUGAAAAGUAUUAGCCAAGAACAGACUCCAAUGCGCAGUAUAAUUUCCCAGUCAAGUUUUAAGGAAUGUAGCUCCUAUUCAGUUUCCCUAUCUGCUGAUAUGGAAGUUCGUACUAUCAAUGACAUCUACAGAGACAAGGAGUUUGGCGAUUUUUGGGUGGCAGCAAGGAUUGUAUUCAUUGAUGAUCCAGAGUGGUACAGAAUUAAGGUUAGGGUUGUGGACUUGGAUGGCAAUGCUCCUUUCCUUCUAUGGGACAGGGAGUGCCUCGAUCUACUUGGAAUUAGCGCGGAUGAUCUGAAGGAUACCCAUACUAAGAACAGUUCCAGAAUUAUCUCAAUGCAUGCUUUCCCUGUUAUGAGGAUCAUCACUGAUGAAAAGAUUGUAGAAAAGCAUUGCCCAGAACUAAUAGGAGUAAGGGACAGGGAUCUCAGCUCAAAGUUGGAGUUGGAGCUUACAGAUGAGGACCUAUGGGAUCUAGAGGAAACAGACCAAGCAAAUGAAGCUGAAAGUCCACUCCAAGUUGUUGCACAGAGACUCAAUGCAGAGAAUAGUGUUGAGAAUGGAACAAUCAAGAGAUCACUAAUCGAUGAAUUUUCAAGCACACAAAGUUCAAAAAAAAGCAAGGAAUGUGUGGUCAAGAUUGAGAAGGAAGCAGAUGUGUAA